GAACCGCCCGUUAGGGCGCUGGGACCAGACUGUGUCCCGUGCCCAGCCCUCCGCACACCCCGCCCCGAGCUCCGCUGGCGUCCCACCAUGUGCGGCGGCCGGGGGCUCUGGCUGCUCGCUGCGCUCUGGCUGCAGGGCUUGGCCCUCAGCUGCACCUUGCCCGGCGUGGAGCAGUUCGAGGUGGUUCUUCCCCAGCGCCUGCCAGGACCCCGAGCCCGCCGAGCCCUGCCCUCCCACACGGGCCUGUACCCGGAGAGCGUGAGUUACAUCCUGGGGGCCCAAGGGCGCAACUUCACCCUGCACCUGCAGAAGAACAGGGAACUUCUGGGCUCGAGCUACACGGAGACCUACACGGCCAACAACGGCUCUGAGGUGACAGAGCAGGUGCCCGUGCAGGACCACUGCCUCUACCAGGGCCACGUGGAGGGGCACCCGCGCUCGGCUGCCAGCCUCAGCACCUGUGCGGGCCUCAGGGGCUUCUUCCGGACAGGCUCAGCCGUCCACCUGAUCGAGCCCCUGGACGGGGCCAGAGACACAGGGCGGCACGCCCUGUACCAGGCCCAGCACCUGCAGCAGAAGGCCGGGACCUGCGGGGUCAGUGAUGCCAGCCUGGACAACCUCCUGGGGCCCCGUGUCUCUGCGGCCUUCAGGCCUCGGCCCCGGAAUGGGCCACUGUCCCGAGAGCCCCGCUUCGUGGAGCUGUACGUGGUCACGGACAGCGCGGAGUUCCAGCUGCUGGGGAGCAGAGAUGCUGUGCGCAGGCGGGUGCUGGAGGUGGUGAACCAUGUGGACAAGCUAUAUCAGGAACUCAACUUCCGCGUGGCCCUGGUGGGCCUGGAGGUCUGGAGCCAUGGAGACAAGUUCUACGUCAGCCGCCACGCCAACGUCACGCUGGAGAACUUCCUCGCCUGGCGAGCAAGGGACCUGGUGGGGCGGCAGCCGCACGACAAUGUGCAGCUGAUCACGGCCGUCGACUUCACCGGGACCACCGUGGGCCUGGCCAAGGUGUCUGCCAUGUGCUCCCGCGACUCGGGGGCUGUGAACCAGGACCACAGCCGGAGCCCCGUGGGCGUGGCCUCCACCAUAGCCCACGAGAUGGGCCACAACCUGGGCAUGGACCACGACGAGAACGUCCCGGGCUGCCAGUGCCCUGUGCCACGGGCGGGCGGCGGCUGCAUCAUGGCGGCCAGCAUCGGCUCGUCCUUCCCCAAGAUGUUCAGCCACUGCAGCCGGGCCGACCUGGAGACAUUUGUGGAGAAGCCGCGGACGACCUGCCUGGCCAACGUCCCUGACCUCGGCCGGCUGGUGGGCGGCCCCGUGUGCGGGAACCGGUUUGUGGAGCGCGGAGAGCAGUGUGACUGCGGCCCCCCCGAGGACUGUCAGAACCGCUGCUGCAACGCCACCACCUGCCAGCUGGCCGCGGGGGCCCAGUGUGCCCACGGCGCCUGCUGUCACGAGUGCAGGGUGAUGCGGGCCGCUGAGCCCUGCCGCCCCCAGAAGGAUGAGUGUGACCUGGAGGAGUUCUGUGACGGCCAGCAGCCCGAGUGCCCCGAGGACGCCUUCCGUGAGAAUGGCACGCCCUGCCGGGGGGGCUACUGCUACAAUGGCAGCUGCCCCACGCUGGCUGGGCGGUGCCAGGACCUAUGCGGGCCGGGGGCGCGGGCUGCCGCGGAGACCUGCUUUUCCUACAGCAUCUCUGCAGGCUGCGGGGCCAGCAUCCGCCUCAGCCCAGACAGGGUCAAGUGUGGCACCCUGUUCUGUGACGGGGGGUUGCAGCCCCUGGAGCGAAGCACCUGCACCGUGACCUACUCCUUGGCCGUGUGCCGAGCUCUCGCCACUGACGACAGCGACGCCUACGAGCUGGUGCCCACAGGCACCCAGUGCGGCCAGGAGAAGGUUUGCUGGGAAGGACGCUGCCAGGACCUCCAUGUUUAUAGGUCCAGGAACUGCUCGGCCCAGUGCCACGGCCACGGGGUGUGCAACCACAAGAAGGAGUGUCACUGCCACGCGGGCUGGGCCCCGCCCCACUGCACCAAGCUGCUGACUGACGUGCAGGCAGCAUCUGAGAGCCUCUCUGUUGGUGUGUUGGUGGCUCUGGGGCUCCUGGCGGCCGUGGCAAUCAUCCUGGCAGGCGUCAUUGUCCACCGCAAGGCCCGGAGCCGUGCCCAGAGGAACCCGGCGACCAAGACCACCAGGGGGCUCUUCAACCUGCUGUUCCGCCAGGGCGCUGGCAGCGAGCCAGCCAAGGGGGCCGCCCCAGGCCCCACACAGGGCCCCCCAGUGCUGGCCUCCGCCGCCACCCCCAGCCAGCCCCCCAGAACCCAGGUGUCCUCGGUGACCCCGAAGAGGCCGCCCCCUGCUCCUCCUGCUGCUGUGUCCGGCCCACCCCUCUCAGUUCCUGUCUACACCCGGCAGGCGCCAGGGCAGCUCAGACCUGCUCCGCCCACCAAGCCCCUCCCAGAGCUCAAGCCCAAGCAGGUCAUCAAGCCGACCUCCGCACCCCCGAUGCCACCAAUCAAGCCUGGGGCUGGAGGGGCCAAGUCUGGUUUGAUGCAGGGGGUUGCUGGCCCAAAGGUUGCCCUGAAGCCCCCUGUCCAGAGGAAGUGAUGGGGCCAGAGCUCCCAGAGCACCAUGGGUCGGGGGGGGAGGGCAUCUGUGCACCCGUCUGGAACUUUGGAGAAGUCACAAGGGAAGAG